AUGUAUCCGACUUCCAAGGAACUGGAGGACUUGGGGAAGUCUUUAGGGUUAACAGUGAAGGAGGUACGUGGAUGGUUCAAGAGAAGACGUAGUAGAAGCAAAGGCGGGAAAUCUCUGGCGAAUCUUGGGGUGGGAGAAAAGAAUCAUCAGUCCUACAGUGGAUCUUGCAUGAGGAGUUCCACAUCUUCCAGCUGCAGUUUUGGAGCAGCUGCUGAGAAAAGGUGUAGUGUAGGGAGAAGGAAGGCCAAUCAUCAAGUGUCGUUGACUUCACAACACAUUUUGGCUAAGAUUUUUCGAAAAGAUGGUCCAGUGCUCGGUUCUGAAUUUGACCAUCUCCCGUCUGGAGCACGUAAAGCUUCUUGGCUGGCUUCUUCAUCUAUUGAUCAGCAGAAACAGAGAGUGGCAAAAAAGAGAAAGAUUUCCGAGCUGAUGGAUCAUACCAGUCAGAAUUGCGUUGAAGAGAAUGCUACAGUGAGGAAGCAUGGUAUUGGCAAGGGUAUGAUGACAGUAUGGCGGGUAAUGAAUCCAGAUGGCAGGGAUGCAUCUCCUCGCGUUGAUUUAUUGGAUGAAAGAGUAACAUUAUCUCAAAUCUCAGCUCGUAGGCCCCGGCAUCAAAAGAAAAAGCAAAGACAAUUAGCAUCGAUACUGAAGCAGAAACUGUCGCAGAAGAAGUCAAGGGAAAAUAAAAGGCAUUCUAUAAACAGAGAGAUGGAAUUGAACAAAGACGAAACUCAAAAGGAGUUCAAAGAAAAAUGUGAGCUUGCCGUGGAUGGGGAGGUAUUUAAUGAAACCUGCAAAAGAAUUUCAGUACUAGUAGAUGACGAGGAAUUGGAGAUGCGUGAGCGACAGGAGGGAUCAAAUGUGUUGACAUGUUCAUGUCAUCUUCCUAGUAGUGGAUCUCACGGUUGUUUUCUUUGCAAAGAUUUAUUGCCUAAGUUUCCCCCAAAUUCUGUCAAGAUGAAGAUGCCCUUUGGUUUGCAUCCAUGGAAUUCUUCUCCAGAGACUGUGAAGAAACUGUUUAAGGUUGUCCAUUUCCUUUAUACCUAUUCAGUAACUCUUGAUAUAUGUCCCUUCACACUUGACGAGUUCACACGGGCAUUUCAUGAUAAGGAUUCUUUGCUCCUUGGUAAAAUUCAUCUUUCCCUGCUGAAGUUGCUUCUGCUUGAUGUUGAAACCGAGAUGCAAAGGGGAUCGUUUUCAAACUUGAGUAUAUCAUGCAAGUUUCUGGCCUUGCUUCAGUCGGUUGAAAGCCAAAUUCUUAUUCUUGAUCUGUGGAAGGAUUCAUUAAAUUCUCUUACAUGGACAGAAGUAUUGCGUCAGAUAUUGGUCGCAGCUGGUUUUGGUUCAGUGAAGUGUGCUGUUCAAUCAGAAGAAUUGAGCAAGGAAAAGAAACUCAUGAAAAAAUAUGGCCUUCGUCUUGGAACGUUAAAGGGUGAACUAUUUAGAAUGCUUUAUGAGCAAGGCAAUAAUGGCUUGAAAAUAUCCGACUUAGCCAAUGCUGCACAGGUUGCUGUGCAGAAUCUUGCAACUGCAUCAGAGGAACUAGAGCGUUCAAUAUGUUCAACUCUGGCAAGUGAUAUUACUUUAUUCGAAAAGAUAUCGGAAUCAAGAUAUCGUUUACGUGUUAAUUGUUUCUCUGAGGAUCCUGACCAGAGCCAGUCUGAUUCAGACGAGUCUGGGAGUGUUGAAGAUGAAUCUGAUGAUUGCUCAUCUAGUUCUGGUGAUGAUAUUGAGUGUGUUUCAGAAAAUCUUGCUCGUCGCAAACUUAAGUGUAGGAAAAGUCGGAAGCAGAAAAGUAAAACGCUGGAUGUAUGUAGUGAGAUUGAUGAAAGCCAUCCCGGAGAGCCAUGGCUGUUAGGGUUAAUGGAAGGGGAAUAUUCAAACCUAAGUAUCGAUGAGAAGUUAGAUCUUUUUGUGGCUUUGAUUGAUCUUCUUAGUUCUGGUUCCACUAUCAGAAAAGAGGAUCUCCCGAGAGCUAUGGUUGACUGUGUCCCCAGUAUCUAUAGUCAUGGUUCUGGGGGUAAAAUUAAGAGAUCCUCCUCUAAUCAGUACAGCUAUCCACGCGUAUCAUGGGUCCAUGGAGGAGAACUUCGUGGAACUAAAGAGCUAUCUAAAUCGCCUGAUUCUUGUCCAGUGGAUUCUUCAUCAAUUGCGGGGGCCUUUGCAAAACUGGCUGGAGAUAAAGCUAAUAAUGUUCACCCUAUGCAAUCUGUAUACCUUGGUUCUGAUCGUAGGUUCAACAGGUACUGGCUUUUCUUAGGACCAUGCAAUUCGAAUGACCCUGGUCAUAGGUGUGUGUUCUUUGAAUCUUCUGAAGAUGGUCACUGGGAAAUCAUCAACAAUGAGGAGGCUUUGCGGGCGCUGUUGUCACUUUUGGAUGAUAGGGGCUCAAGGGAAGCUUUUCUUAUCGAGUCACUGGAGAAACGGGAAACGUUUCUUUGUCAAGCCAUGUUGAGUUGGCAGGUCGCCCAGUCGGAGACAGCCCAUUUCACAGAUAUAGUCACAGAAGACAGUUCGUCACCGGUUUCUGACAUAGACAACAAUCUGUGUCAGAGUGAGAUUGCCAAUGAUCAAUUCUCCUCACAACAUGCGGUGAUAGUAUUUGACAUUGGUAGUAAGCGAGAGAAAAGCCUAUUGUGGAGCCGUCUUCAGGAGUUUGAUGAAUGGACAUGGGCUAAUUUUUAUUUGAAUCUGAAUGCUGUUAAGCACAGCCGGAGAUCCUACCUUGAUUCACUUACUAGGUGUAAGAGUUGUCAUGAUUUGUAUUGGAGAGAUGAGAAGCACUGUAAGAUUUGUCAUGCCACUUUUGAGCUUGAUAUUGAUCUUGAAGAAAGAUACGCGAUUCAUGCGGCAACAUGCAGGAAGAAAGAAGAGAAUGAUACAUUUCCAGAUCAUAAAGUUCUAUCUUCGCAGUUGCAAUCACUUAAGGCGGCAGUGUAUGCCAUUGAGUCUGCUAUGCCUGAAGAUGCGUUGAUUGGUGCAUGGAAAAAGUCAGCCCAUAAGUUAUGGGCGAAAAGACUUCGGCGAAGCUCAACUUUGUCUGAGAUUACGCAGGUGAUUGGCGACUUUGUCGGGGGAAUAAAUGGAGAUUGGUUAUGGCACAUUGAAGAAGGGCACUCUAAUGGUGUAAUGAAAGAAAUUAUAACUUGCUUCCCUUCGAUGCCUCAAACAACGUCUGCGAUUGCGCUCUGGCUGGUAAAACUGGAUACCUUGAUUGCUCCCUAUGUGGAAAAAGCUCAACCCGAGAAAAAUCAAGUGUGCAGAACCAGAAACACAAGUAUGAUAUACAACUAA